AUGAAGAGUUUUAUUUCAAAGAACAAAACUGCCAUUUUGGCCACCAUUGCCGCUACAGGUACUGCCGUUGGUGCAUAUUAUUAUUACACCCAAUUGCAACAACAGCAACAACAAGGGAAGAAGGAAACGCUCUCUCGGGAUGAAAAGAAGGAGGCAAAGGGGUCUCAGAAGAAAGCUGAAAGUGCUAAGAAAUCGGCAAGUGAAUCAAAGCCCCCCGUUUAUCCAGUCACUGCUAAUGGGGAACCAGAUUUUUCAAAAAAAGCAGAUUUUACUGCUGAAGAAAAGGAUAAAUACGCAUUAGCCUUAAAGGACAAGGGUAAUCAAUACUUUAGAAAUAAGAAGUAUGAUGACGCUAUUAAAUACUACAAUUGGGCAUUGGAAUUGAAGGAAGACCCUGUUUUCUACUCGAACUUGUCCGCCUGUUAUGUUUCUGUUGGCGACUUGAAAAAGGUUGUUGAAAUGAGUACCAAGGCCCUUGAGUUAAAACCCGAUUACUCGAAAGUUUUAUUGAGAAGAGCCUCUGCUAAUGAGGGGUUGGGAAAUUUUGCUGAUGCGAUGUUUGAUUUGUCUGUAUUGUCCCUAAACGGUGACUUCAAUGAUGCUUCUAUUGAACCAAUGUUGGAAAGAAACUUGAAUAAACAAGCUAUGUCAAGAUUGAAAGAAAAGUUCGGUGACGUUGAUGCCGCUACUGCUACACCAACAGAACUAUCUACCCAACCACUAAAAGAACGUAAGGACAAGCAAGAAAGCUUACCUUCAGUUACAUCUAUGGCCUCAUUCUUUGGUAUUUUCAAGCCUGAGUUAACCUUUGCUAACUGUGACGAAUCCAAUGAAGCUGAUAAAGAAUUAAUGAACGGGUUAGCUAAUUUGUACAAGAGAUCUCCUGACAGUUACGAUAGGGCUGAUGAAUCCUUCACGAAAGCUGUAAAGUUAUUUGAAGAACAACUGGAUAAGGAUAAUGAGGACGAAAAAGUGAAAGAAAAAUUAGCUAUCUCUUUGGAACAUACUGGUAUUUUCAAAUUUUUGAAAAACGAUCCGUUGGGAGCUCAUGAAGACAUCAAGAAAGCCAUCGAUUUGUUCCCAAGAGUCAAUUCAUACAUCUACAUGGCCUUAAUUAUGGCUGAUAGAAAUGACUCUACAGAAUAUUAUAACUACUUUGACAAAGCUUUGAAAUUGGAUUUGAAUAACUCUUCUGUGUAUUAUCAUCGUGGUCAAAUGAACUUCAUCUUACAAAACUAUGAUCAAGCAGGUAAAGACUUCGACAAGGCUAAAGAAUUAGACCCAGAGAACAUCUUCCCUUACAUUCAACUAGCAUGUUUAGCAUACCGUGAAAAUAAAUUUGAUGACUGUGAAACCCUGUUCAGUGAAGCUAAGAGAAAAUUCCCAGAGGCACCAGAAGUACCAAAUUUCUUCGCUGAAAUAUUAACUGACAAGAACGAUUUCGAUAAGGCUUUGAAACAAUACGAUUUGGCUAUUGAAUUAGAGAACAAAUUGGAAGGUAUUUACGUUGGUAUCGCACCAUUGGUCGGUAAGGCUACUUUAUUGACAAGAAAUCCAACAGUUGAGAAUUUUAUUGAAGCUACCAAUCUAUUAGAAAAAGCAUCCAAAUUAGAUCCAAGAAGUGAACAAGCUAAAAUUGGUUUGGCUCAAAUGAAAUUGCAACAAGAAGAUAUCGACGAGGCUAUUGCAUUAUUCGAAGAGUCUGCUGAUCUUGCCAGAACUAUGGAGGAGAAAUUGCAAGCCAUUACUUUUGCUGAAGCAGCCAAAGUUCAACAAAGAAUCAGAUCCGAUCCAGUAUUGGCUACCAAGAUUCAAGAAACUCUAGCUAAAUUACGUGAACAAGGUUUAAUGUAA